GGCCACCGAUGGAGUGCGUGGGUGUUGCGUGUAUGUGUGUUUGUGUGUGUAUGUGUGUGAGUGAAAGAGAGGUUUCCUACGCGUAGAGAGAGAGAGAGGGGUUUCCAACGCGUACCUGUAUUUGUCGUCUCGUCCCAUAGUCAGUUGAGAGUGGUUACCUAUCGUGGGUGGAUGGAAUACGCUCCCAAUUACGCCUCCAGAUCGGAAGGAAGAAGAAAAGCAUUUGUGCUAUCAGUAGCUUCUUGUUUUCGUGUGGGAGUGAGUCUCUCUCUCUCUCUCUCUCUCGGUUCCCUUGAUCUCAUAGCGAAUACAUUUUGUGGGAGUUGAAGGAUCUGAUCUCUCCUGUUUUUUGUAUUUUAAGAAUUAUAUUCGAAGUUCUUUCACUAAACUGGAGUGAAGAAGACCUUCUUGGGUUCCCGAGGAAGUACUAUUCAGGAGACCUCCAAGUCUGGUUGAAGGACCACCUGUGGGUUACGUGGUCGUACUGAGCUUCUAAAAGAAAUUCUCUCCGGUUGGAUAGUCGGGGAACUUUGGUACUGCACACUUGACUCCAGCCUACUGAGAACCAAAAGAGGUCACGUCAGUGAUUUGCAGACUGCGAAGAAGUCACCUGGUCUCCCUCAAGUCCAGAGGAACCUUGAUUCGCCUAGAGGAACCGUGAUUCCAUGACGGGGUCCAGCAGAGAAACCCUAUCCCUGGAGACGAGCCAAUCAGCCGCUUCCGUCUCCUUCGGCAAGAGGAAUGGGUGCUACGUCAACAGGAACGCAGCCGUCCUCUUCGGGCUGCUCUUCCUCAGCGCCUUGAUAGCCACGGGCCUGCUGGUCUACUACUACGCCCCCCCGGCGAGAGCGGCCCAGUCACAAACGUCAGACCUUGCAAGUUGCCCGGUCCCCACAGAGAAGCCCCUGACAACCUCUACCUCCCCUGCCAUCGUCGAGGAGGAGGAGGAGCAGCCCAAGGCCAAGCCCUACGUAAGGCUGCCCCGUUCGAUCAAGCCCCUCCACUAUGAGGUCAAGCUGCAGCCGUUCAUCAAUGGCAACUUCAGCAUCAUGGGUUACGUCGAGAUCGAGAUGGAGGCUCUGAUGACCACCAUGAAUAUCACGGUCCACAUGACGGACAUCCUCACCAGGAACGACACCAUCAAGUUGGCGCCUUUAGAGAACCGCGAGGGCCCGAGCUUGACGAUCAUCAGUCACACCUACGACAACGUCCGUCAGUUCUACAUAGCCCACCUGUCGAAGCCGUUACAGGCUGGCAAGAAGUAUGUCCUUUCGAUGGAGUUCGACGGUUACCUCAACGACAAACUCUACGGCUUUUACAGGUCGACCUACACCGCCUCUGACGGAAGGAAGGUGCUCCUAGCCUCGACGCAGUUCCAGCCAACAGACGCCCGGAGAGCCUUCCCCUGCUUCGACGAGCCGGGUCUCAAGGCGACUUUCGACAUCUACCUCGGGAGGGAGGCCAACAUGUCGUCUCUGUCAAAUAUGCCCAGACAUGAGACCUUGCCUAUUGAGGGACAACCAGGCUGGUUCUGGGACCACUUCAACACCAGUGUCCCGACUUCGACUUACUUGGUCGCCUUUGUGAUCAGCGACUUCGCCCACAUGAACUCCACGAAGAAUGACCACGUUCUCUUCAGAGUGUGGGCCCGCGAACAAGCCAUCAAGCAAGCUGAUUAUGCUUUAAGAGCAGGACCCGACGUUUUGACAUUCUUCGAAAAGUACUUCAAGCUUCCUUUCCCUCUGCCCAAGUCUGAUAUGAUUGCCAUUCCUGACUUCUCAGCUGGGGCCAUGGAGAACUGGGGACUCAUUACAUACAGAGAGACAGCCAUGCUGUACGACCCUGCCGUCUCUUCUGCCUCCAACAAGCAGCGAGUGCUGCAGGUGGUGGCCCACGAAUUGGCCCACCAGUGGUUUGGGAAUCUGGUGACACCCGAAUGGUGGACAGACCUGUGGCUCAACGAAGGCUUCGCUUCGUUCAUGGAAUAUGUCGGCUCUAAUUCUUUUGAGCCUUCGUGGAAGAUGAUGGAACAAACGGUAAUAGAAGACGUCCAGAAUGUCUUCAGCCUCGAUUGUCUGGAGUCCUCUCAUCCAAUCAGCAUCCCUGUCAACCACCCAGACGAGAUCAAUGAAAUUUUCGACCGCAUCUCCUACAGUAAAGGAUCUUCCAUCAUCCGUAUGAUGAACUAUUUCCUAACUCCCAGCACCUUCACCAAGGGACUCAGUAAUUAUCUCACUACUUUAAAAUACAAAAAUGCUGAGCAAGAUGAUUUAUGGAGGUUCCUGACAGAAGCAGGCCAUGGAGACGGGACUUUGCCAAAAUUCCUCACGGUGAAGAAGGUGAUGGACACCUGGACCCUCCAAAUGGGUUAUCCAGUCAUCAAAGUGGAAAGAAGUCCAUCUGGCACUUCAGCUUCUGUAACACAGGAGCGCUUUUUAUUAGUGAAAAAUGAGAACUCCACUGAUACUCAUGACUACAAGUGGUGGGUACCUCUGACCUAUACCAGUCAGGACAGCCCCAACUUCGCAGACACUCGUGCCAAAGUUUGGAUGAAUGAUACCGAAUCUGAGAUCAGAAUAAAUUCCUUGCCUGCACGAGACAAGUGGGUUAUCUUCAACUUACAGGAGACUGGAUAUUUCAGGGUCAACUAUGAUGACAACAACUGGAACUUGAUUGUUCAACAGCUUGAAGAAAACCAUGGUGUCAUCAACAUUAUCAAUCGAGCUCAGAUUAUUGAUGACGCUCUUGAUCUAGCCCGUGCUGGCCAGUUGUCGUAUUCAACAGCUCUGAGCAUCAUUGCUUACUUGGCCAAAGAGACUGAAUAUAUCCCCUGGGUUGCUACCUUGAAUAACAUGGGUUACUUGGACGGCAUGUUCUCUACAUCUGGAGCUUAUGGAUCAUUUAAGAAAUACAUGCUUGACCUGCUAAUUCCUCUCUACAACUCUGUGGGCUUCGAAGAUAGUGUGAGCGACCCACAUCUGACCCAGUUGAAGCGUGUACGGGCUCUGAUGUGGGCUUGUAAUCUUGGUUACCAAGACUGUGUCAAUAAAUCUCUGACCAUGUACAGACAGUGGAUGACCAACCCAGGGGAUGUGAGCAUCAUCUCUCCCAACCUGAAGAGCGUCGUCUAUUGCACAGCCAUCUCUGAGGGAGGAGAUGAGGAAUGGAAUUUUGCUUGGGAGCAAUACCUCAAUUCCAAUGUUGCCAGUGAGAAGAUGAAGUUACUCAAUGCAAUGGGUUGCAGCAAAGAUGUCUGGAUUCUGUCUAGGUAUCUGAAAAUGGCUUUUACAGCAGAUACUGGCAUCAGAAAGCAAGAUGCUGCUCUGGUCUUUGGGUCAGUUGCACGUAAUAAAGUUGGCAGGUAUCUAGCUUGGAACUACUUAAAAGACAAUUGGAUGCGUAUUAUCGAUUACUAUGGAUCAGGGUUGUUUGGUGUCACACGAAUCAUCCAGUCUGCAACUGAAAAAUUCUCCACAGAGUUGGAACUGAAAGAGCUGAAGAUGUUUAAGGAGGAAUACAAAGACCAGUUGAAAACAGCCGCCAGGGCUGUUGAUCAAGCAAUUGAAAAGACAUCAAAUAACAUCAAGUGGUUUACAAGAAACUAUGAUGUCAUCACAGGGUGGCUGGAAAGCAAGAGUUACUCCAGUAGGCUCCGUAGGGAUUAGAUUGAAUGAAAAAAGAUUUUGACUGGAAAAUCUUUCGAUGUUCUGUUGAAUUUUUUUUAAAAUAGAGCUAUUUUUUUAAUGUUCUUGCCUUAUUUCUCAUAUAUUAGAAGGAUUUUCAGCACAUUUUAUAAGAUACAAAUCCUUUUUUUUUUUAAGUACUUCAGAUUUUAUAUAUACUUGGAGGUCUAUGUUCUCCUUUUCAUUGGUCAGGAAUUGUAAGAGCAUUUCUGAUUGAUCAGAAAACAUGGGAGUUGGAUCUAAAAGCUCAGUUUUUAGUACUUAAUAUAGUUAUUAUAGAAUAUAUCUGAUUUUAAAUAGUGUAUUUUAUUACUGAAAUAAAAUCUACAUGCAAUACAAAAACUUGUAUAGUAGAGUACAGUACGUACUUAUGUCCAUAGAAAAAAAUCCAUAUUAUAAUUACUGUACUGUAUUUUGUGAAUGACAGAUACACCUUUUCACCUUAGAGGAAGGUACAGUUGAUUCAGUGGGAGAGAUUGAAGUCUUGCCUUUGAUUUGGGAUUAACCAAAACUUAUUUAACUCGUAAUAUUAACGAAAAUUGUCAUGAUAAUUCAAUUUACUGUAAGGUAUUUUACAUUUUGAAGAUAGAAUACUUUACAUUUUAAUUUCAGCAAAAGAAAUACAUUUUAAACUUCAGCAAAAGAAAUAUAUUUUAAAAUGAUGUAGUUUUAUGGUUUUCAUCGUAAUCAAGGAAUUUAGUACUACACAGUGGUCCCCCCGUAUUCGCAAGGGAUGUGUGAAUAGCUGGAACCCCUAUGAAAAUGCUGAAAACGGCCUAUUUUGGUAGGUAAAACUCAAGAAAAACCCACUAAAAAUUUUUAUACCUGGUUUUUUUAAUAGUUUUAUCACAAAAAGUGCAUUUUAUGAUGAAAUUGAAAAAAAAAAGCUGGAAUUUCUGGAUAUUUAUCAUAGAAAAAUACCGCAAAUAGGCGAAUUUCCCAUGAAUAAUGGGUAGAUACGAUCCAGAGAGAAAUCCGUGAAUCCAUGAGUCCACAAAUAUGGGAUAUGAGGGCCCACUGUAUUUUGAUAUUUCAUGUACAAACAAGUGUUAAAACAUUUUGCAACAGCUUUAUCCAUCCGGGUAACAGAAAUGAGGAUCAUAAUAUAGUACUUCUAGUACAACAUUUGAAAUUUUAAGAAUACAGUAAAACUAUAUUUAUUUAUUGUUGUUGUUGUUAUUGUUGUUGUCAUUACUAAUAUUAUACCAAAAUAUAUAAUUAGUUGGAAUGGGGGAAUGAAUUUGUAGUGACGAAUGUAUCCGUCGAAAGCAACAUUUUAAAGAGGUACAUCAUUGUGAAAUAGUUUCCUAUAUUCUUUUAUAUUCUAAAUAUAAUUUGGAAGAAGAGGAAUUGUAAAUACCAAUAUGUAUAUCAAGUGCAGUUUUCAUCUAGGUUUUAAAAAUCUUUAAUGUAAUUUAAUUUUAAUGUCAAAAUUUGGCUUGUGGUCUCCCUGUUCUCCUCUUCACUAUUGCAAGAUUUUUCCAUUUCCAUCCUGCUUCUAUUAUGUUUGCUAUCUUGAUUUUUUAUAGACAAGUUUAUCACUUCUUUUGGGCUGAAUUACACUUUUUUUCAAUACUACUGCAGACUUGAGAAUUCUUCUACGUACCGAUUUGUCAUUCCUUUACUUCCUACAUUAUGUAUCUUCUUCCUUGGGGCAUAACUGCUGCUUUAUGGGGAGAAGGGUUGAUUGUUUGGGAGCACAUCUUGGAAGUGAUGGAUUUCUAUGAAGAUGAGGAUACCAAUGUUAGAAUGUUUUACAUUUUGGACUGGUCAUUUGACCUAAUGAAGGUAUUUUCAACUGGAGGCUUUUCUUGAUCAAGUCCAUCCAGCAUUUUGAAAAUGUGAUGAUGAUGAUGAUAUGAGCGCAUCAUGUUUGUGUACAAUGAUUUGCACCUGCAGUACUGUGCUGUGCAGACCUCCACAAGGGGUUAGGAUGAAUUCAGUUUUUUUUUUUUAAUUACUGUACAUUUGAUGUCAUGUUUAUGACAGGGAAGAAUUUUUCAAAGUGAAAACCUUGAAAGGAAAUUAAGAAGAAAUGUGCUAGUGAGAAGUAUGAUUUAAGGUAUAAACAUAUCAGUGGAUUGAAUAUACAGUAUUUUGUAUUUUACAUGUACUAAUGAAUCCAAAUGUAAAUAAAAUGUGAAAAAAACACUGUAUGAUAGUGAUAUUGAA